UGAGAAUGGUUUCGGAGAAUUAAACCCAUGCCACGACAAAGAGCGCUGCUCUGCGAGGAUAUAAGGCCCAAAUUGGACUAAGAAAAAAAAACAAAAAAAAACGGACUACAACUCACCAGGCCGUCUUCUGUCCGUGCGUAAAAGGCGCAGUUGGAGCUGGAUCUCACGGUUCUGCUUUGGAUACGGGUCUCAGGUUCAGUAUGAACUCCCUGAAUUUCUGCGGGACGUCCGGCGGCGGUGUGUACCCCUUCCACGGCGUCAACUCCAUGCUGGUGGACCUGCGCCACCAGAUGGCGGAGCAGUACCACGCUUACUCUGCAGCAGGUCCCACAGUGCACACCCUCACUGUGGCGGAGAGGCUGGCAGAGCUCAUCCUGGAGGCUCGCUAUGGCAACCAGCAGAAGCAGCGCCGCAGCCGCACUGCAUUCACAGUGUCGCAAUUGCAGGCUCUGGAGAAAGCCUUCCAGCAGACACAAUACCCAGAUGUUGGUAUGAGAGAGAGGCUGGCUGUUUGUAUAAACCUACCCGAGGCUCGCAUUCAGGUGUGGUUCAAGAACAGGAGGGCAAAGUUUCGUAAAGGUCAGCGAUGCUCCCCUCUGUCCAGAGACCAGAGUCUGGAGGAAGCUCCACAUCACAGCAAGGCGGGACAAGAGGAAGUCAGGACCACAGAUAAACAGGACAUCACCACAUCAUGCAGUGAGAGGAACAUCCCACCUCUUCCUCCUACUCCUGAUGUGACUAAAAGCAGGGAUUUAGACUCUGAUACCUCACGAUGGCCCCUGCGACUUCACUCUCCUCCGCUUUUCCCCUUUAUGGCGGGAGAGUGUUACAGUCACACACCUCACCAGCCAGUUGUAGGAGUGCUGUCCACUGAGCUCACAUUCCCUCCAGUGUUCUGGCCCAUCAUACAGCAGCACAACUUCACCCUUGGGGUUCCUCCGUCAUCGCUUACCAAAAACUGUAGCCUCUCCCUUCAGACUCCUUGCACUAGUAAAGCAGUGCAACAUCCUUAUCUAGGGCUGUAACUGAUGUGAACACCUGAAGCAGUACUAUGAGAGCCAAUCCUUACAGCUGCAGAGAAUAUACUGUCUGAGUUUCACUGAAUACCUGUCUGCAUAAAGGGAUGUAAAACUCUAUACUUUGAGAGUUCUUUUUUUAGACAAAGUCUAAUCUGGCUAUGCCUUAAUUGACAUCCACAUGUGUGAGCAAAAGAAGCUAAUAUUAAUCCCUCACAAACAACAGUCAGGUAAAAUACCACAGUCUUUUUCAAUGUUGUAUAGCUGGUUACACUGCCAAGUACUAGUAUUAGGAAAAAUAGUAAAAGUGUUUGAGAGAAGUUCCUUUGUAACUGAGCUCUGCAAUAUAGAAAUGUUAAAUAAAAUCAUCAGCACCUGCUUUGUUUUUUUUCUAGUUCAUGAGGCUUAAUGGUAUUGCCAGUGGGACAGGUUGCACUCAGUUAAAAUUAACGACACAGACAAGCUCAGAAGUGCAAGAAUGAAAGCAUUACUUGCACUCACUGUGAGUUCUCCUUUGAGAAAGGAUUUUGGUAUGAUCCAUAGCCAGGGCAACAGUGAAUUUUUUGGAAAUGUUUCUGCAAAUUGCUCAUGUUUUAUUGAUGAAAUAUAUUUAAAAGGAGUUGGCGUAAAGUCCACAGCUGUGCAAGUGAAUCUGUUAUGUUGAAAUGCACUAAUGUACUGUUAAAGCUGACAGCUUUAGCGAGACAAUACUGGCGGCAGAAUGAAAAUUAAAAACACCACCCUCCCCAUCCUAAACUCUGAUAUUUUUAGUGCUAAAAAACAAAAAAGUACAAAUACAAGCAGACAUUCAGGCAUUUUAUGUAACUUUAAACUUCUGCUACAAGAUUUUCAGCAAUUUUCACUCCACUACUUUUACUUGACAGUUUUGAUCACUAGUAGCACU